GACCUCUUGUUGCUGCCACAGAGAGGAUGUGUGCAUGUGUGGCUACGGGAAGAGCCAGCAUGCGGCCGAGGCCAUCAAAGAGGAGGACUUCGACGGCGAGGUGUGGGACGCACACAGACAUGUUCGUGAAGUACCCACAGACGCUUUCGGGGACAUCAGCUUUGGUGGUUUGAGGCAGAUGACGACCAAGUAUGCCCGAGUGUCCGCAGAGACCAGUCCCGAGGUCCUCUACCAGUUACUGACUGAACAGUGGAAGCUGUCUCCCCCCGACCUACUGACCGCUCCAUGAGCUGCCUGCCCGUGUCUCUGUCUCUGCUCGCCACGUUCCAAUCAGCCGUGGCCAUUCCGGGCGCACCAUCCGAAGUGUACACCUUCGGGACGCAGUACUGGUUCCUGGGAUGCUCCUACUUCCUGGGACUGCUCAUCCCAGCUCACGUUUUUAUACCCGUCUUCUACCGACUGCGGCUGUCCAGCGCCUAUGAAGUAAGGCAAAAAAAAGCAACUUAUGGCUAGUUAGAACUGAAUGAAGUAAAAGGUACAUAAUAUAAAUUGUACUUAGUUAAAUAUUGUGGAACUGGGAACUGAUUAUGGGAUGCACUCAAUUGUAAUCUGAUACAUGUUCAAAUGAAAUAAA